UUUCCUAUUGAAAAGGGAGUGAAAUGGAUAAGUGGAAACAAGAAGACGUUAAACACCCGUUUCAUUAUGAAAGCACAAAACAACGUUCGACUCCCUCUUCAAGUGCAGUAGGUGGUACGGAACCAACUGAUGCCUAUUAUGAAGAGGAUUUGCUCAAGGUUGGAGACUUUAUCUCUAAUUGGGAUGGUUUGUUGGAUGAGAACCUCGGAAGUAUACUUAAGAACGUAUUACCUGAAUUGGAAGAGUUUGCUAGUUCUUCUCCUCAUAUGGAACAAGUUUUUUUGGAAGGAAAGCAACCCUCAACAGAAUUGGACGUUAGCCAAGUUACCGUAGAAAGUACAGAACAGAUAUUGAGUGAAUUGGACAUAUUUCAACUAGCAGACAAAUUUUAUAAGGUGAUUGACCGAGCUUGGUUUCAAGCAGUAACUCCUUGGAAGUUUUGUCUGAUGAUAUAUCAGGCAAGAGACCCCAAAGUCAGGUCCAUUUCGGAGAGUGAAUUGAAUAGACAAGAUACGAAUAUUGUUGUAUGUACUGACCAUGUAUCACAACCUGAUAAAAGCGUCGUGGGAACUUGUUGUAAUAUGGAGGACGAAAUUCUCUUUCCAAAGGAACAAUAUAUUUUAGCUUAUUGUCUCGUGAGAAGAAUAGUGCAUGGAGGUGGAGGCGAAUCUCCCUUUUUAUUUCGUUUCUUUCGUGAAGCUAUUAAUCUCGGCUAUAUCCAUUCUAGAAGGGCAAUGGAAGCCAUUACUUGCCUCUUUUUCCAUCAUUUGAGUAUUGCGAAUAGAUAUCUAAGUAAUAAUGCUUCAUCCAUCAGUUGGGUUGACUACUUGAAAUCGAUUCAUGGAAAUGCAUUUCCUGUGGAAUUAUUUGAUUGGCAAGAUUUGAGUGUGGUUCAUGUUUAUAGUGCAAUGCAGUGGAUUCAUUGCAUAGUUGAUUUAAUGGAAAACUUCCGUUUUGAUAUGCAGUCAGAAGAGUCAUUCCAAAGCAAAUUGAUUUUGGUGGAAACGGAACUUUUGCUUCGCUUUCAUUUGGAGCCUUUGUCAUUUGUAGGAAUAGAAGAGACAUUAUCUUUGGUCAACACGAGAAGAAGAGAAGAAGAGAAAGCUUAUAUGGAGGAAGAAGUUGUUCAAGCGGAUUCUCGAGUUGAUAUGCUGUUCAAUGACUGUAGAACGGUUGCUUUGAUAAGAGUGUGUGGUCGUCGUCAUCAUUUGCUAUGGAAAGAAUUGACUAGUUGGGUAGAAAGUUAUACGAAUAGAGACUUGAAGAAAUCCGUUAAACUAUCAGCUCUCAUGGAAGGACUUGUUCUUUCAUGGAUAGACAAAAGUCAAGUUCAUUCGGAAAGGCAGAUGGAUGCAGAGUCGUUUAUAAGAGAAUUUUAUGAUUCCCGUAAACUUGGUGACUCAGUAACUACCAAAAUAUACAACUUUUGGUUGUGCCGACAUGAGCCUAACCAUCGUGAACAACUUGGAAGGGCCUUUGAGGAGUUGGCAAAAGCAGCAAGUUAUCAAAGAGAGAAAAUGGGAACUGGUCAACGUUAUUAUCAGGUGUUGAAACAACAUGUUCAUAUGAUUAAAGACAUUUUGAGACAAUGGCUGAUAUGUCCCAGCGUGAUCAAUCAAACCCUACAAGAACGUUGGGGAGAUCAAUCUUCCAUAGCAUCUGAACUUGAUUGGUUACUAUACAAGUCUACUUCUUUUCCGUUAGAUGAAUAUAUGUCGAUGCUUAUUGGAUUUUCGUUGACUCAAUGGGUGGUUAUGUAUUGUGCUUGGAAUAUUUAUUCUUCUUGUCAACCAGGGAAUGCUACUCGUAUUUCUUGGUAUAAUGAGCUGUUGGAGAAAUGGAUUCGUGGCAAUUCUUUGAAUAGUUCUCGCGUACUUUCAAGCAUUAUGUUGUGGAUUUUGUAUUUUUCGUUUCAUGCGAAACUGGUAACAGGUUCUGUUUCCACCUAUUUUCGUAUCGUUCGAGGAAUAUCAUUUAUAAGGAAUCCUGCAGCGUAUGAGUCUCAAAUAGCUUUUCCAUUGUGUUGGAUAGUCAUGGAUGAAUUGGACAAGGCAACGGAACCAAACACUUUAUCUUUCUUUUCUGAUCGAUGGCCCAUGAGUAGAGGAAAAUGGGUUCCAGAAUGAGUAAAAGGCUUUAUUUAGGUUGGAUUAAGUGUUGUUUGUUGUUACCAAGAAAACCGUCUUCUGUAGGAUCAUUCAAAUAUCGUUCACUCAUCAUAUCUAGUAAAAAAGCAAAUGCUGCU